AUGUCGUCCGCACCAACCCACAUCCUCUUCGAGUGCGCCACGGGAUGUGCCGUCUUCGAGGUUGCCGCCGUCGAGGAGAUCGGCUCGCUCACGCGUGCGGUUCAGGAGAGCGUCAAUGAAGUCAACACUUUCGGCAAAAUGGUCAAGCUUCUCUCCUUUUCGCCCUUCAAGAACGCCCUCGACGCACUCCAAGCCUCACUCGACAUUUCGGAAGGUGUUGUCAACGAUUAUCUCAAGUCGCUCCUCACACUCAACCUCUCGUCUGGUAAGAAGAAGAGCGUCAUUCUCGGUGUUCAGGACAGGAACCUGGCUUCUUCCAUCGUUGGUGAGCUCGGCAUCCCAUGCGACACUGGCGAGACCUCGCUCGAACUCAUCCGUGGUGUUCGUCAGCAUGCUGAGAAGCUGCUCAAGGGUAUGGCGGAUGGCGAUCUUGCCAAGGCGCAGCUCGGUCUCGGUCACAGUUACUCGCGUUCCAAAGUCAAGUUCAACGUCAACCGAAGUGACAACAUGAUCAUUCAGGCGAUUGCUUUGCUCGACACUCUUGACAAGGACGUUAACACUUUUUCCAUGCGUGUUCGCGAAUGGUACGGCUGGCACUUUCCCGAACUUGUCAAGUUGACCACCGACAACCUCACGUACGCCAAACUUGCCAAGCUGAUCCGCAACAAGGAGCGUCUCUCGGAAGAAGACGUCGAGGACAUGACCGACAUUCUUUCCGGCGAUGAAACCACCGCCAAGAACAUCCUCGACGCCGCUCGUGCUAGCAUGGGUCAAGAAAUCGGUGAGCUCGACAUGCACAACAUUCUCAACUUUGCCGACCGCGUCAUCAACCUUGGCGAGUACCGCAAAAACAUGCACAAGUAUCUCAUCGAAAAGAUGCACCUCGUUGCGCCCAACCUCUCAGCGCUUCUGGGUGAGAUCAUCGGUGCUCGUCUCAUCAGUCACGCUGGUUCGUUGACCAACCUGGCCAAGUACCCCGCCUCGACGGUACAGAUCUUGGGUGCUGAAAAGGCGCUUUUCCGUGCGCUCAAGACCAAAGGCAACACGCCCAAGUACGGUCUGAUCUAUCACGCUUCUGCCAUUGCACGUGCUGCGCCCAAGAACAAGGGUCGCAUGUCGCGUUUCCUCGCCAACAAGAUCUCGAUCGCUUCGCGCAUCGACUGCUUCUCCGACACGCCCACCACCAAGUUCGGUGAAGUGCUGGCGGUGCAGGUGGAAGAGCGUCUGGCAUUCUACGAAACGGGUAAGGCACCGAGCAAGAACUCGGACGCUAUGAGCAAGGCGAUCAAGGCGAUUGAGGAGGCUGCGGGCGAUCUGAUGGACGAAGAUGCGGAUGACGACGACGAGAAUGACGACGAGGAGCAGAUGCCUGCUGCUGUAGGUGUCACAGAUCCAGCAGAUAAGAAGAGCAAGAAGGACAAAAAGGACAAGAAAUCCAAAUCCAAGUCUUCCGACAAAGACAAAAAGAAGGAGGUCGAGAAGGCGGCCAAAAAGGCGGCAAAGGAGUCCAAGAAGGACAAGAAGGACAAGAAGGACAAGAAGGAAAAGAAAGAAAAGAAGCCCAAGAAGUGA